UCGCCAUUCCGUAACCUCUCUCUCACGGGUGCCGGGGAGCUCAACUAGCGUACAGCGCGUAUCACUGUCAGGUUCCUGGGAUCCCUGAGUCUCCGAAUUUCUCCCAGUCCAAGAAAGGACUGCAGUCUUGGACUUUUUCGCCGCACGCGACAUGUUGAUGCUGUUCUCGACGUACGGGAUGAAUGAACGAGGAGGAGACCUCCGGAGGUCCUCCCGAGCUUCGAAAGAUGAGCUCGGCUGGUGGACCCAUCUUUGCUGUACAUAAUCUGCACUCAUGUGCUACUGAUUUUUGGCAAAUGCCGCUAUCUGAUCUCCUCGGUUCUUCGUGUCUGUUUAAAGCUUACGACGCGUGCAUCAUCGGAGGACCCCCACCACUUCAACCGCCAUGUCAGGCUCUGCUUCGGUCAUUCAUUUGGUCCCUCCUUCCCAGCACUUUGUCGACACGCGGACGACUUCUCUUGGUCCAUGGGUCCUUGGCGCGUUUUUAGACUGCAUCCUGAUGGGAGUGAUUUUCUGUCAAACGUACACGUUCUUCAGGACAAGGACACGCUCGACGGCGACCUUGCAGACGUACUAUUACUGGCUCGUGCUGGUCGUGGUGACGCUCUCUAUGCUCAAGACAGCGCAGGGCAUCGCUGUCGUCUGGGUCCAGAAUGUGAUUGAUUAUGCUAACCCCGAUGUUGCGCGCACGCUGGUCGCCACGGCUUGGUGGCAGGUCAGCACGCCCCUGAUGACCGGUGUCAUUGGUGCGACCGUCCAAGGCUUUUUCUGUCUUAGAUUCUUCCUUUUGUCGCGCAACUGGGCCUUCUGUAUACCCAUUCUGCUCGCCAUCUGCCUUGGCCUGGCCGGUGUUUCUCUCUCGCUUGCGUCUAUCUUGGCCAAUGCGACCAAGGCCAAGGUCACGUGGUUGCUAGUCCAUCUUGUCGGCGUCUUCAUCGCUGAUGUGAUGAUCACCGGGGGCACCAUCUACUAUCUGCAGAAACGCAACUCCGGGCUGGACCGGACAAAGAACCUGAUCAACCGCAUGCUGCGCCUGGUCUUCGAGGGCGCCAUCCCGCCCGCCGUCCUCGCCACGACGGAUCUGAUCAUGACCCAGACCCUCGGGGACAAGUUGCUCUGGCAUCUCUUCGUCAACAUGGCUUUGGGCAAGGCCUACGUCGUGUCGUUGAUGUUCACUCUGAACCAGAUCAACGAGUAUCGUCUGCGCGAGCAGGGAAGCCAGGACGCGUACUCGUCUGAGCGCCAAGGCCGCUCUGGCACCCGCCGCCAGCACAUGGAGCUGGCGAACCGCGCCGGCGCAAAAACGGACCAGAUCUUCGUCCAGACGCAGAUCUCGACCCACGUGUCGCCGUCGACAUUCAGUCCUACACGGGUAGUGUCCAAGCCCGCGUCUUUCCUGCUGCAGGAGGUUGAUGAUGACACCAAGGCCAAGGACGCAGACUACAUCCGCUCUGACUUUCGCGAGCAGGACGAGUUGGGCUCCGAUGGGAUAGCCUCUGUCGACAAAACGCCUUAUGCGCAAUAA